AGCGAAUCCUUGUGAUCGGGAUAAUAAAAACAUGGAUAUGAAAUUAAAAAUAAAAUAAAAUAAAUUAAAAGGAAGAUAUAUUAACGAGGUUUCUGGGAAGCAAAGGCCCUCAGGAGCUUCCGCCUUACUCAGAGUGUGGAGCAGGAGGAGAAACAAGAAAAGGGGAAAAAUGGACUAUAUGAAUGGACCAGGGAGACACCAUCUUUUCGUACCAGGACCAGUGAACAUACCGGAACAGGUGAUCCGGGCGAUGAACAGAAACAACGAGGAUUACCGUUCACCAGCCAUCCCCGCACUUACAAAAACGUUGUUGGAGGACGUGAAGAAGAUAUUCAAGACAACAUCUGGGACACCGUUUAUGUUUCCGACUACUGGUACUGGUGCUUGGGAGAGUGCCUUGACUAACACGCUAUCUCCCGGAGAUAGGAUCGUCUCGUUUCUGAUAGGGCAAUUCAGCUUGCUGUGGAUUGACCAGCAGAAGAGGCUAAAUUUUAACGUUGAUGUGGUGGAGAGUGACUGGGGACAAGGUGCAAAUCUCCAAGUCUUGGCCUCAAAGCUCUCACAGGACCAAAAUCAUUCCAUCAAAGCCAUUUGCAUUGUCCACAACGAGACCGCGACUGGAGUCACUAAUGACAUCUCUGCUGUCCGAACCCUCCUCGAUCACUACAAGCACCCGGCUUUGCUGCUUGUGGACGGUGUCUCGUCCAUAUGUGCGCUUGAUUUCCGAAUGGAUGAGUGGGGAGUGGAUGUGGCCUUGACCGGAUCUCAGAAAGCUUUAUCUCUUCCAACAGGACUUGGUAUUGUGUGCGCCAGUCCAAAAGCUUUGGAAGCUACCAAAACCUCAAAAUCCCUCAAAGUCUUCUUUGAUUGGAAUGACUACCUCAAGUUUUACAAGCUCGGUACAUAUUGGCCAUACACACCUUCCAUUCAACUCCUUUACGGUCUUAGAGCUGCUCUUGAUCUUAUCUUUGAAGAAGGACUUGAGAAUGUCAUCGCCCGUCAUGCCCGUUUGGGAAAGGCCACACGGCUCGCGGUGGAAGCGUGGGGGCUGAAAAACUGUACACAGAAGGAGGAGUGGAUAAGUAACACAGUGACAGCGGUCAUGGUGCCGCCAAAUAUAGACAGUACUGAGAUUGUGAAAAGGGCGUGGAAGAGGUACAACCUUAGUCUUGGUCUUGGUCUCAACAAAGUGGCUGGCAAGGUUUUCAGAAUUGGGCAUCUUGGACAUCUCAAUGAGUUGCAACUUCUUGGGUGUUUGGCUGGAGUGGAGAUGAUACUCAAGGAUGUUGGCUACCCAGUUGUAUUGGGAAGUGGAGUUGCAGCUGCUUCUACUUAUCUCCAGCACCAGAUCCCUCUCAUUCCUUCCCGGAUCUAAUUCAUAUCCCUAUUUCUCCAUCUUUCUCUCCACCCCCUUUCAAUGUAUAACAAAACUAUUUGUUUUCUCUUUUCUCAGCUUCUUUAUUUACUAAAACAAUAUCUAUUUUAUGUGCAACUAUUCCCAAAAAAAACUUAUCAAACACAAGGUCAGAUUUAUUUUUAUUCA